ACGAACCCGACAGGUGUCAAAAUCUCCAAUGCUUCCGUGGUUAUAGGAGAAUCAACACAAAGUUUCUUCAAAUCAAAAAAAGAAAACAAUGAUGAAAAUUAGAGGGCAUUUGAGAUUUCAAUUUUACCCAUUUCCCCCUUAGCCAUAAUUUCAUCUGAAUCAUCAAAAUUGGACAUUUUUGGACCAAAUUUUGUUAAAAAAAAACAAUCAAUCGAGAUUGCCUUCCAUUUACAUAUUUCUGAUCCUGCAGAUCGCGGUUGUUGUAGAUUCGAUUGUUUUGUGGUGUGAUUGAAUAAAUUCUUUCCUGGGUUUGCAAACUUUUGUGAACUUUGGGAAGAAGUGGAGAUGUCUAGUUCUGUGGUAGUGCGUGUUUCGGAUCAAGCGCUUCAGAACCAAUUCUCACAAGCUCAACUUCGCAGCCUCAAAUCCAGGUUUCUACGCAUAAAGAAGGAUAAAGGUCAAGUUACUGUUGGUGACUUGCCACCAUUGCUUUCGAAUUUGAAGCCCUUCAAUGUGAUAUUCAAGGAGGACGAAAUACGGGAGAUAUUAUGUCAACCCGGUACAGAUGAAGGAAGCAAACUUGAUUUUGAGGGGUUUCUUAGGGCUUACAUAAAUUUGCAAACAGAAGCUACUAAAAAAAUAGGAAACUCGAAGAACGUAUCUUCUUUUCUUAAAGCAUCCUCAACAUUGCACACUGUGCAAGAAUCCGAGAAAGAAGUUUACGUUGCUCAUAUUAAUAGCUAUCUAAAAGAUGAUCCGUUUAUGAAGCAGUUUCUUCCUAUUGAUGCAUCCACCAACGCAUUGUAUGAGCUUGUUAAAGACGGAGUUCUUCUAUGUAAACUUAUUAAUGUCGCGGUGCCCAAUACAAUAGACGAUCGUGCUAUUAACAAGAAAAAAGAACUGAAUCUUUGGGAAAGAAAUGAAAAUCAUACACUUUGCCUUAAUUCCGCCAAGGCUAUCGGUUGCACGGUAGUCAAUGUUGGCAGCCAAGAUCUGGCUGAAGCAAAACCUCAUUUGGUACUUGGACUAAUAUCUCAAAUCAUAAAGAUCCAACUUCUGGCAGAUCUUAGCCUUAGAAAGACACCUCAGCUUCUUGAAUUGGUGGAUGAGGAUGAUGAUGUGGAGGAGCUCGUAGCAUCAUCUCCUGAGAAAGUCCUGCUGAAAUGGAUGAACUUUCAUCUUAAGAAAGCAGGUUACGAGAAAACCGUAACAAAUUUCUCAACUGAUUUACAGGAUGGAGAAGCGUAUGCGUAUCUGCUUAAUACUCUUUCACCAGAACACUGCAACCCAGUUACACUGGAUACCAAGGACCCUGUUGAACGGGCCACAUUGGUACUUGAGCAUGCUGAAAAAAUGAAAUGCAAUCGAUAUUUGACUCCAGAAGAUAUCGUUGACGGCUCAACAAAUUUGAAUCUAGCAUUUGUUGCGCAAUUGUUUCAUGAAAGGAAUGGGCUAUCUAAUGAUAGCAGUAAAGUUUCUUAUGCUGAGAUGAUGAUACAAGAUGAUGAUGAAGAAGUGUCAAGGGAAGAGAGAUGUUUCAGACUCUGGAUUAAUAGUCUUGGAAUUACUUCACAUAUUGAUAAUGUCUUUGAAGAUGUUAGAAAUGGCUGGAUUCUUCUAGAAAUUCUAGAUAAAGUUUCUCCGGGGUCGGUUAACUGGAAGCAAACAACUAAACCACCUAUCAAGAUGCCAUUUAGAAAAGUCGAAAAUUGUAAUCAAGCUGUUAGAAUUGGAAAACGUUUAAGAUUCUCUCUCGUGAACAUACAGGGUAAUGAUAUCGUACAAGGAAACAAGAAGCUCAUACUAGCUUACCUGUGGCAGUUGAUGAGGUUUAAUAUGCUUCAACUUUUAAAGCACUUGAAAUCUCGCAACCAUGAGAUAACUGAUGAUUAUAUUUUGAAGUGGGCGAAUCGAAAAGUAAAAAGCUCAGGCAGAACUUCAGAAAUGGAGAGCUACAAGGAUAAAACCCUUUCUAAUGGGAUUUUCUUCCUUGAGCUUCUCACCGCAGUGGAGCCCAGGGUUGUUAAUUGGAACCUUGUAACCAAGGGAAUAACCGAUGAAGAGAAGAAGUUGAAUGCAACCUACAUCAUUAGUGUUGCCCGAAAGCUUGGUUGUUCAAUCUUCUUGUUGCCAGAAGACAUCAUGGAGGUGCACCCGAAAAUGAUGCUUGUGCUGACAGCUAGCAUUAUGUAUUUUCACCUUCAGCAAAGCGAUGAAGAACCCGAGACUACACCAUCAUCUGUUGCAGUCACACCCGAUGCAUCACCGGCCCUUUCUUUUAAUGGUGACGAUGACAGUUUUAGUUUUACGAAUGGAGAACAAUUCAGUACAACCAUUGAUGAUGCAGCCUCAGAUACCACUUGUGCUUCAAAUCUUGAAGAUAUAAAUUCACUACUGUAAAUCUUGUUGGUUUUCUUUGCAAGAAUCAUAAAGGUUUACAUACAUUUAUGAAAAUUGAAUAGGCUAAAGUUGUAUAUUUGAUGAGAGUACAAAAGGGUAAAGUCAGUUUUGUGGGAUUUGUAUUUGUGGGUAUGGGGUGUUAAAUCUUUAUUCUUCCAUGUACGUAAUAUUUGGAUUUUAAACUUGAUAAUAUUAACAAUUGUUUUAACACA